GCCUGGAAAAGUCACGAGCCGCAGUUUUGCGUUUCAGUGUUGGCGAAACUGAUACUGGGGGAUUCCCUAAACACAGCCAGACGCCUAUAAAUAUGCCUCCCACAGUACCAUGUGUUAUUGUUGCGACAGCGCGGAGCCAUGAGUUGUGUAAUGGAGGUUUUGGGUGAUGCGUGGGAGAGAUUUGUGCUUAUUGUAGUUGAAAUAUUACAACUAUUUAUUCCUAAAUGGAGGCAUAUUAUACAGCAACAUACAUGCCACGAAUCGAAAGAACACUACUCGGUUAAUAUAGUUCCGAUAAGUGUUAAUUAUCAUUUAACACGGCAGUGCAACUACAAAUGCGGUUUUUGCUUUCACACAGCGAAAACUUCUUUUGUGUUACCCCUGGAAGAAGCGAGAAAAGGUCUUUGGAUGCUAAAAAAGGAAGGUAUGCAGAAAAUUAAUUUUUCUGGAGGAGAGCCAUUUCUACCAGACAGAGGUCAUUUUCUUGGUGAACUUGUGCGCUACUGUAAGGCGGAGCUCUCUCUACCCAGUGUUACCAUAGUCAGCAAUGGCAGUACAGUCAGUGAAGCAUGGUUUAAGAAAUAUGGAAAAUAUUUGGACAUCUUGGCUAUUUCAUGUGAUUCAUUUGAUGAAGAAACUAACUGCAAUAUUGGAAGAGGGAGGGGUACCCAUAUUAAGAAGCUGAUGAAAAUUCGUGACUGGUGUCAUCAGUACAAUGUAGCAUUUAAAAUCAAUACUGUGGUGAAUAUGGAGAACCUGGAAGAAGACAUGUCAGACAAUAUUGUGGCACUGAGGCCUGUACGUUGGAAGGUUUUUCAGUGUCUGCUGCUUAAAGGAGAAAAUGUUGGGGAGAAUGCUCUUCGGAAUGCAGAAAAGUUCUAUGUGACAGAUCAGCAGUUUCAAAAUUUCUUGGACAGACAUAAAAAUGUACCUGUUCUGGUCCCUGAAAGUAACCAAAAGAUGCAGAACAGUUACCUCAUACUGGAUGAAUAUAUGAGGUUCCUAGAUUGCACAAGAGGAGACAAAAAGCCAUCACCUUCCAUUUUGGACAUUGGUGUAAAGGAUGCACUUAACUUCUCAGGUUUUGAUGAAAAAAUGUUCAAGAAGAGAGGUGGAGUGUAUAAGUGGAGUAAGGCAAGCAUGAACCUUGAUUGGUAAAUGAUUGUUACAUGAUGGAUUGAAGGAAAUCUGUCUGACCUUUCUGCAGUACAAAAAUUUCCAGUAUGAAUAUUGACUGUUAAAUGAUUAUUAGAUGUUAGAUGACUGAUGAAAUAAGUCUGCCUGACCUUGCUGCAGUACAAAAAUUUCCAAUACCCUCUGAAACACAGUGUGUGUGUGUGUGUGUGUGUGUGUGUGUGUGUGUGUGUGUGUGUGUGUGUGUGUGUGCGCGUGCAUGCGCGUGUGCGCGUUGCCGUGCGCGUUUUUGUCAGGGGAGUAACUAGGGUGGGGCAAAUAUAGGAAAUGUCCUGAGGACUGCAAGAACAAGGGACCCUCUUGCACCCACAAGAAAGAACAAGAAAACAAAUGGAAUAAAUUAAAAUGCAAAGGAAAACUGGAAAAAUAGAAAUAAUGACGUACAUCAAUAUAUGUUCUUUCCUUCAUUCUCCCAUGUAAUAAAGAUAAUCAAAGUGUUAUUUAAAGGAAAAGACCUGUUUGGUUUCAGAAGUAUUAACGCUGCACAUGCCAACGGCCAUCUAUCCGAUGGAGAGUAAAACACGAUUCAUCUGGAUAGGCCACCUGUCGCCACUCAGUGGAUGUUCAGUUACAGUAUUGGCGUCCAAAUUCCAGCCUUCGUUGCCAAUGAAUAGCACUUAGCUUGUGUUCAUGGACCAGACACCUGCUGCGGAGACCAAUACACUUACGUCAGUUCACCUGUACACAUCUCCGCAGCAGUCGUUCGCCCCUGCCGACUACCGCCCAUUGUGCACCACAGUUGCCUUGGCGCCAGUUGUGGAUAGCACCUUUCUGCCAUGCAUGGUAUACUUUAACCAUGGUGGCACAUGAUCAGUUUACAGGCACAGUCAUUUUUAAAAUACUUCCACUCUUGGCCCAAAAGUCAAUGAUCUUGCCCUUUCCAGUGUCAGAUACAUUGCUCCACUUUCACAUUACGACAAUGACUGCACUGUUUUCCAUGUCUCCUGUGACAUGAUCUGUAUAUCCUUCACUGCUAGUGCUGCCACCUGCCGUCUGUGAGUGGCUACUGCACAUUGACGUUGAACGAGCAAUCGGUUACAUUAAUGUGACUGGGCUGUGUAUUACAUGUUUCUGUGCACCACAAGCCUGUCCACUGCAAGUAAGUGGUUGCCUUUCCCUUAUUUUACAUAUUUUUCCAUCCAGAAAUACCCAUUAUAGUUAUACAGUAAAAGAAUAUGAGAUGAACUGUGGACAUUUUAGUGAGUAUAGAAGGUGGAAGAGAGCAGAUCUGAUGGAGGAAGCAGGGAGCCCCACUUAGAUACUUGUUCCAGGAUCCCCACAACUGUAGUUACACCCAUGGUGUGUGUGUAUGUGUGUGUGUGUGUGUAUGUGUGUGUGUGUGUGAGAGAGAGAGAGAGAGAGAGAGAGACUUAAUUGGUAUAGGUAGUUGAAAACAGUAUUUUUCAUCUUCAUUUCUCAUCAACUUGAAGGUAACAUAGCCAUCUUAAACUUGUAUGAACUAAAGAAGAAAAUGGACAAUCAAUUUACUGUGACAACUAAGUGGCUUGAUGGAGUACUUAAAGAUGCUGUUCCAUCACCAGAGGUUACAGAAGCAAUGGUAGCCAGAAAACACCUAAGAGUGAAUGAGGAUUUCGCCCCAAUCAUCUAGAUUUGUGGUGUAACAUUUACCAAUUAGCCAAUGAGCCACAAGUAGAUGUCAUAAUUGUUUUAGUUUUAAGUUAGAUUACACAUCACUGUAUUAUAUUCAGCAGCAAAGACUGAUUUGUCUAAUUCUUUUAUGUAGAAAGUAAUCAAUCAUUAACUUUUGUAAAACAGCAAAAUAUAGCUCAGCAUUAGAAAUUAUAUUUUUUUGUUCUUGUUUUGUAAAGAGUAUAGUGUCAGUUUUUUAUGUUAUUAUAACUAUGGGAAAAAUCAUGUAAGUCAUUGAAAAGCAAUUUUAUGAAGAUUGUCACUUCUUGAGUGUAGAAAUGGACAAUGGACUUUGGAAUAAACUUGAUAAAUACUGAAAGAAGACAAAA